UAUAAACACGGGUUCUUUUGAUAACUGGCCAUGUACUCUACAUCAGUUGUGCAAGCCGACUCAUCGUCAGUAUUCUAACAGUAUGAAUUUCACACAGUUUCAGCUCGAAGUGCUUAACCGCCACAACGAACUAAGGGCACAGCAUUCCGCAGAGCCGUUGCAGUUAAAUAAGAAUCUCUGCGAAUUUGCACAACAAUGGGCAAAUAAACUAGCCACAGAAAACAAACUGCAGCAUCGUUCGUCGAAUAAGUAUGGUGAAAAUCUGUACGCUUGCUUCGGACGAGCCAACAUAGAAGGAAAGGACGCCGUUGACUCGUGGUACAGUGAAGUGAAGAAUUACGCGUUCGGGGCAGCCGAUCCGGGAAGCAAUUUCCCCAACGUGGGCCAUUUCACACAGGUCGUGUGGAAGGGCUCUCAGCAACUGGGCGUUGGCAUUGCUGCCAAAGGUACGAGUGUGUUUGUGGUGUGUAACUACGACCCGCCCGGGAAUGUGUACGGCCAAUACGCGCAACAUGUGUCAUCACGGUGAAGUGUACAAGUAAAUAGGAAGUACAAAAGUACGAUAUUCAACUGCUACAAUACAACUGAACUUGCA